AUGGCCUUUCCCGCAGACAUGGAGGACCCUCUAGAGCGGUUCCGUUUGCAAGUUGCAGACAUCGCUAAUGCGCUAGAGGCGAUUGAGGCAGAGGCGAGUGGCGAUGUGAGUAUGGGGGAGGAUGCCGACGCAGGCUUUGAUCUGGUGGGGAAUGGUUUGUUGCCUCGUGAGAGGGGCUUCGAGAGCUCGGCUUAUGCGAGCAAAGGAGACCUACGCAUUGGACGUAGUCCGCCAGCGCCAAGUGCGGCAAAGAAGUUAGUGACGAUAGAUGAAGCGAGGCUAGAAGAAAUCAGUGAUCCCAACUUGCGCUCGCCGACGUGCCCCACUGACGUACGCUCCUUUCUGCAGCACGCCUCUGCUCGACUCUCCCAACGAGGACACUGGACGAGCAUGCCUGGGUUUGCUGUUGCUGUAGGGAGUACUAGUUGUGGCUUGAAUUCGCAUUCCUUGCACGAACCAGCCAGGCGAAUUCAGCAAAGUUUUAGGAAGCACUGUGAGUGGAAGCGGAAAAAACGGAGGUUGAAUCGCAGCCGUGGCCUUGCUGUGCUUGAAGUAGUGUUGCGUCGAGCGCUUGGAAUGUCGGCGUUGUCGCAAUUGCGUCGUGUACGACUGAGUUAUGACAUAGGCAAGUUGUUUUUGUGCAGGAAGCGCGUUGAUGGCGCAAGAGCGCUCCUCUGGAAAGGUGUUGCUCGGAUUGAAAUGCCAGGGGCUGGCUAAAUGAUCUUUCGUCGUUGCCGCACCACUAGCAGUUACUUUACACCCCGGCAGGCAGCAUCUGGUAAAAUAUUCUAAUCUUAUCGUAUUUUUCACAUGGGCUUCGUAGCACCCAGGCUUGUCUAUUUACGGACCUGGGGAGCGCGGCGUGGGUUCGUGCGAGAUCUGGUUGGCUUCUGGAGAAAGAACGCGGCAGUACGCAUUGGUUUACGGAAACGAAUUUUUGAGCCGUCCUCGGGCCCGACUGCUACUCGUAUAAGAAACAGAGAAGAAAUGCACAAGUUUUGUUGGUCGAAAAUUGAAGAGGAAGGGCUUCACUCAGUAGCAAAUGGAGGAAGGGUUUGGAUUCUACGAGCAAAAGCCUGGCGAGCCUGGCUACAAGCAGCAUUCAUUGUCAGUGACGCAUCUUCUCGUUGAGAAAAUUAAAUUUGUUGAUACAUUCAUGCGAGGAAAGAAAAAUUGCUGAGCGCCGUUUCUCUCGGGUUUUUCAUCUCGAACAAAUUUAAUGAGAACUCCGACCGACGUCCAUCUGCAAAUUGAAUUUGAUUCAGAUUCAUGUUGAAGCACCUGACAGGACUCUGUCCGCAAAGUUAAUGAUUUGUAACUCGUUCACGAGUAAAU